CAAAAAUUUCGAUAUUUUUCACCGAAAUGACCCGUGAUGACAAGUUCCCGAUUGUAUACUCUCUGUUAUUGAUCGCCGUGUUCUUCGCUUCUCCUAUCUCCAGCGAAGGUGAUUUUGAUGCUCUCUUGAAGUUCAAGUCAUCUCUCGUUAACGCCACCACCCUCGGUGGAUGGGACUCCGGCGAACCUCCUUGCUCCGGUGAAAAAGGAAGUGACUCGAAAUGGAAAGGAGUGAUGUGUUCUAACGGCUCCGUUUUCGCUCUCCGUCUCGAGAAUAUGAGCCUCUCUGGCACGCUUGACGUUCAAGCGCUCGCGUCCAUUCGCGGUCUCAAGAGCAUCAGCUUUAUGCGUAACCAUUUCGAAGGGAAGAUCCCACGUGGACUCGACGGGCUUGUCUCGUUGGUGCAUCUUUACCUUGCGCAUAACCGGUUUUCAGGCGAGAUAGACGGUGAUUUUUUCGCCGGAAUGAAGGCUCUUCUGAAGGUUCAUCUUGAAGGAAACCAAUUUUCCGGUAAGAUUCCGGAGUCGUUGGGGAAAUUGCCGAGGCUGACUGAGCUGAAUCUUGAGGAUAAUAUGUUCACCGGAAAGUUACCGAGGUUUAAACAGAAGAAUCUCGUUACCGUUAACGUUGCUAAUAAUCAGUUAGAGGGUCGAAUUCCGUUUAAUCUCGGCCUUAUGAACAUCACUUUCUUCUUAGGUAACAAGGGGCUAUGUGGAGCGCCGUUGCUUCCGUGCCGAUACACUCGUCCGCCGUUCUUCACCGUCUUUCUCCUUGCCCUCACCAUCCUCGCCGUCGUAGUCCUCAUUACCGUCUUCCUUUCCGUUUGCAUCCUCAGCCGCCGUCAAGCCAAAGGCCAAGACCAAAGCCACGGCCACGUUCACGGCCAAGUCUACGGGCAACCCGAGCUACAACACAGUGAGAAGAGCUCACAGGACUCCAAAGUCUACAGAAAACUAGCUAAUGAAACUGUGCAGCGAGAUUCAACAGCAACAUCAGGAGCAUUAUCAGUGGGAGGUCUGUCUCCAGACGAAGACAAGCGAGGAGAUCAACGUAAGCUACAUUUCGUUAGGAAUGAUCAGGAGAGAUUCACGCUUCAGGAUAUGCUCCGUGCAUCGGCGGAGGUUCUCGGAAGUGGCGGAUUUGGAUCGUCAUACAAAGCGGCUUUAUCGAGUGGCCGUGCGGUGGUUGUGAAGCGGUUUAGGUUUAUGACCAAUAUCGGGAGAGAAGAGUUUUACGAUCAUAUGAAGAAGAUCGGUCGAUUGUCUCACCCUAAUCUCCUUCCGUUGAUCGCUUUCUAUUACAGAAAAGAAGAGAAGCUUCUCGUCACCAAUUACAUUUCCAAUGGAAGUCUCGCAAAUCUCCUCCAUGCAAAUCGAACACCAGGUCAAGUGGUUUUGGAUUGGCCGAUUCGAUUAAAGAUUGUAAGAGGAGUUACGAGAGGUUUGGCUUAUCUCUAUAGAGUGUUCCCUGAUUUGAAUCUUCCUCAUGGCCAUCUUAAGUCUUCCAAUGUGUUGCUUGACCCCAACUUCGAGCCGCUUCUAACGGACUACGCUCUCGUCCCGGUUGUUAACAGAGAUCAAUCACAGCAGUUCAUGGUGGCUUACAAGGCACCUGAGUUCACUCAGCAGGAUCGGACUUCGAGAAGAUCCGAUGUGUGGAGCCUUGGAAUCUUGAUUCUUGAGAUUCUGACAGGGAAGUUUCCGGCGAAUUAUCUCAGGCAAGGGAAAGGAGCUGAUGAUGAGUUAGCUGCUUGGGUUGAGUCUGUAGCGAGAACUGAGUGGACUGCUGAUGUGUUUGAUAAGGAGAUGAAAGCAGGGAAAGAACACGAAGCACAAAUGUUGAAGCUGCUCAAGAUUGGGUUGAGAUGUUGUGAUUGGGACAUUGAGAAGAGAAUUGAGCUUCAUGAGGCUGUUGAUCGAAUAGAAGAGGUUGAUAGAGAUGCUGGUGGAGGUCAAGAGAGUGUUCGAUCUUCGUACGUGACUGCUAGUGAUGGUGAUCAUCGUUCUUCAAGAGCUAUGACUGAGGAGUUCUCGCUCAUGUAAUAGCUUACAUUGAAAGGCCUGUAUCUCUCUCUGGUCUCCACUAGUCUUCUUCUUCAUCUAAUUCUCAUUUCCUUGAUAUUUGUUGAUCAAGUCCGUGUCUUUGUUUGUAGGUAAAGACAAUUUAUUUUGUAUUGCCAGGGUUAUUUAUUCGCAUUCAGUUGUUUUUUCCCCUAGUUUUAACAGAUAUGAUUGAUGAGUAAAGCUUCAAGCUUUUG